AUAGUGUUGAUAGUAGUUUUGUUAACACAAGCAUGAAUUAAUUAUAUUUCGAAGUGGAGAAAUAAGUAAGGAAUUAACUUUGAAAAGGUUAUAAAAUGUGCGCGAGUCAUAUUUCAAAUCUAGCACGAUUGGCCGUCGUAAUUUGUAAACACAUUUAGUUUUACUUUUUGUUAUUCUAAACUGCUUCAGUCAUUCAAAUAAAAGUUAUGAAUUUCCAUUACACUGCAAUAUCGUAUUAAAUGUGGAUUAUAAGCGAAAAAUGCUAAUUUAGAUAAAGAGUUCAGCGUUUCUAAUAAGACUUUGCGAAAUUGAUACUUCUGCUGACAGAACGAAUUUGUUUACCUACCUUCUUUGAUUUUAUUGAAGUUUCGAACGUCGAGUAACAAAUGAACGACCGUCUCGAAAACGUGACUUUUUAUUUUCAUUUCUGCGUAAAAUGUCGAAGAAGCCUUACGUUGUCCAGGAGGACAGCCCAAAUCUCGUGAUUGUGCCUACUGAUAACAUCGAAACGUUUUACGAACCGUCGCCUAAGAAAGUGAAAGAAAGUGAUACUGUUUUGCCUACUCCUACACCAGGAAUCAUUUACUCCAAUGUUUUUGCAAGAAAAAGUGGUGCAAAACUGAAUUUCAGUGGUAGAAAUAAUGAUGUCCUGAUAGAUGUGCGUAAAGUUCAGAGGUCGCCGACAAGUUGGGCAGCUAAUUAUCUUCAAAGUAUUGGUGGGACUUCAACAAAGUUUGACAGAAUUUACGGCCUGGCGUCAAAACCAACGUCCCUCGUCACAAAUACGGCAGCCAAACCAGAAAACAGAGAAACUACUUUACCAUACACUUUUAAUCAACAACAAACUAAUACAGUAUUAGCUGAUCAAAAAAUGGAGAAAAAAACUACUCAACCAAAGAUUAACAUCAAUCUUAUAAAACCUAAAACAGUACCUCAAGCCACCAUGACCAAAGAAAUGACGCCUAAUAGCAACACAAACAAUAUUACACGCCCAACCGAUGUAAGAAAAGAACCUUCUUUGCCUAAAAACUACAAGAUUCCUAUGCAAUCAAAAAACAAACAGUCAGUACACCCAAUAGAAGAAUCUGCUAGCACAAAUAAUACUAAUAACAUUUGUAUACAAAACAGCGUCACACUGAAAAAACAGACUUUGGUGUCGUCAUCAAAAAAUAAUAACGAUAUCGUUAAAAUAAACCACAACAAAACUGCGGCCCUUCAUACGCUAACAUAUAAAGAAACUACUGAUAAAAAUAAGAUUAAAGAAACAAUUCAAUUAAAACAUGAUUUAAGUAAUAUCCAGGAUAAAUAUAACCACGCCAAAACUCAGGCGAAGGUGUAUAAGAAUUCCGAACAACUUAAAACUUGUAGUGAAACAAAACUGCUCAAGAAGAAAGUUACGGUUCCACACAUUGACAAACAAUACAUAACAAAAUGUGGUGAACGCGUGCCAUCUAAAUAUAAAGAAUGUAAUGAAACUCAAACGACAAAUAACAAAGAAAACGAUCAACCACAACAUGACAAGGUAAUUAAACAGCGCAAACCAAUUAAGGAAACAACUUUGGCAAGGGAUCAAAACGACCCUUCGCCGCCCAAAAAUACAAAAAGAAAUAUAAGUCAUAAAACAAACGAAGAUAUUAUUGCUCAUAUAAAAACUCUUAAAGAGAUUUAUAAAUUAAAGAAUAAAAAAGAUCCAACUUUUUCAACUAAAAUUAAAACGAAGAAAGAGCAUGUUUCAGAUUCUUCUAAAGCCAGUAAACUAGAAAAACGUGGUCAAUCGAAAGAAAGUCGAACGAUCGAUAUACAGUCAAAAAGACCUAAGGAUAAGGCAGUAGCCAAUAAAGACGCUCAUUUGCAGCGACCUCGUUUAACAAAGGAAGAAAUUAUUGAAAUAUUAAAAAAGAAACGGGCUGCUGCAGAAAAAAAAUCUAGUCAAAGAGAACAUUCGAGCAGUAAGACUAAAAAAAUUAAACUAUCUUCGCCUGAUACUGAUAACACAGCAAAAAAAAGGUCUAAAACCGCCCAUGAAGGUAGAUUAAGUAAAAGCAUCUCGCCUAUCAAAAGCGUCGUUUCGCGAAUAAAAACAGACCAUCCAUCUCAUAAUUCAGAAAAAAUCUACCAUAAAGGGUCUGGGUCUGAUUACCAUACUAAUUACGAAAAAUCAUCAAGCAAAAAUAGAGAUUAUCAUAGUCAAAAUUCUGAGAAGCAUGCUCAAAGGGGUUCACACGUUGAUUUAAGAGCAAAACUUAAGCGUAAAUAUCCUAAAACCGACUAUCGGAAAGAAGACUAUAACUGGAACCAUAUUCACAAGAAAAAUAAAUUUGCCACAGUGCCUAACGGUGAGCGAUUUGUGCCAGAAGAAAAUUUGAUUAUAUCAUUUAAUGCAGAAGAUGACAAUGAAGAAAAACCCACAAUGAAGAAAUCACCGGUAAAGAAAUUGGCGCGUAAGCAACCAUCACCUAAAGAUAAAAAACGUAAAAAAAUAAAGCUAGAAAUCAACAUUGUAUUUGGUCAUGGGGAUACAACUGACGAAGAAUCUACCAAAGGCGAGGUUGACACAAGCGCCGAAACAAUGGAAAAUAUGGACCUUAGUUUCCUUGAUGACUUUAACGUAGAUGAAAUUGCAGAAUGUCUAAACGAGUGUAGUAAAGACUGUGCCAAAAAAACGACGGAGGGAAAUACCGCUGUUGAUAUGAACGUACAACACAGCACAUCAGACAAUACUAAGAUAAUAGAGGCUAUAGCUCAUAAAGAGACUUUGAUAUUAAAUACAACGCGUGAAGUUAAUCUUUCUGAAAAUAAAAUGGAAUUGAAUCAAGAACCAGCAUUACAGUCAACAGUCAAUAAUCAUAGGACCUGCUGUGUAGAAAACCUAAACACAAUAAGAUCGAAUAUAAGUACAGAGUUAGAUAACACAAGUACAGAACUAAGCGCCAGAACUGAAACUAUAACUGAUACAUACCAGAAUUGCAAUCCUCAAGCUGAGGACGUAAAAAAAAUUGAGAAUGUUUCUAGCUCUGACACAAAUGUAUCUUUUAAUAAUUAUCAAGAAUCUGCUGCAUAUCUGCCAGAAACAAAUAUUGAUGAUACAGAAAUGAAGGGUAAUAUAGAUUUGGUUAAAAUAUUACAGAAUUCUGGAGUAGUUAAGAACACCCUUGACAAAGGCUUGCAGUUAGUGACUAAAAUGGAGGAUUCAGAAAUCAUAACAGAUGCUAAACUGCCACUUGGAUCUUCUGAAGCACCUACGACAAUGUCUAAUUCAGAAAGUAAUAUUUACUCUGAUCACAGAGACCUCAUAGAUGCUCUUCAAGAUGAUAACAAUUUAGAACUAAACGCGAUAAAAUCUUUUAUUGCUUCUACAAACAAUAAUACCGAUGAAAAUAACAAAAAACAGAAUAAAGUCGAAAUGUCAACUACAGUAAUGAAGUAUUCAAAUACGCAGCACCAAACUCCGAUUACUCAAAUAGAGACAAUGACUGCUGCUGCUGUCCAUAACACAACUGAAAUAUUGACGUGCAUUAAACCAGACCCUGAUGUUAUUUUAAUUGAUGAUUCAGACAGCGAAACAGAAAUUAAUCACAAACAGACAACGAAAGACAAAAACUGCAGACAUAUUGUCUAAGAAGGAAAGUUUGCGAGAUAAAUUAGAUGUUGUAACCAGUUCUGAACCUGCUAGAGAAUGUACAGAAUCGAUAUUGGUAUUAGAUAAAAAUAAAAGAGAUAUAAAACAUGUCAAAGAAAGUCAGUUAAAUGAAUCAACUAAAGUAAUACUUGUUGAACCUACAGGCGACAACUCUGAAUCAGUAUUAGUACUAGACACAGACUAUGGCAUUGAAGAAAGCGUUGAUAACAGUGAGUUAGAUGAAAAUAAUGAUGGCGCUAAUACUCAAAAUAUAAUUACGGCUGAACAAAGUAAGCCUAACAAAACAGCAGUGGGAGAUAUUAUUAACGAAACGAAAACAAAUAUUGUUGAAAAUAAUUCCGAAAGUGAAAAAACUAUUAUCCAAGAUAAGGUAACAAAUGAGAUACAACCUGGAACAACAAAUACAGAUAUACAUACAUUCAAAGAUAAAAAAGAUAAUUUACAAAAGACGAAUAAAACUGAUACAAAACCAUCUGACAAGCCACCAAAAACUGAAGAUAUUCCCAAAAAAAUUGUACCAAAGACAAUUCCGGACACUGCAAAAAAGCAGAAUGUUAGCACAAGGCUUGAUACAAAUUCACACAAAGAUACAGAAGCCAAAUAUAGUGAAGAAAAUGAAGUAGCAAGAAGUAACUUAGCCAAUAGCAAGUUUGUUCAAAUUCUGCAAUCAAGAAUGCUUUUGAUGUUGGGAGAAAAAUGCACUGUUACAGAAGUAAUACGAUUCGAUGGAAGGUUCUCCAAAAUAUAUCGGUGCAUAGAUUCGCGAAAACAGGAUUUUGCAAUAAAAGUAUUGAAGAAGCAGUCCAACGGAUACAACUUAGGUUUUCAAAAGAAGAAUAUGAUGAUGGAACUUCAAAAUGGCGUCCCAGCGAACAAUCUCAACUGUGUUCGACUAAUCACCGGAUUUGUGGCCUCUGGGCUAUGGUGCUACUUCAUGGAGUACUAUCCUAUGAAUCUUGAACAGGCCUUUUUUGAAAAUAAGCGAAGUUUCCACAUUGAUCAUGUGCAGAUUCUGAGCAGGCAGCUGGUUUCUGCUGUUACUAUAUUGAGGAACAAUAACAUUAUUCAUUCAGAUAUAAAACCAAGCCACAUCCUAAUAAACUCAUCUCAGACCCGCAUAAAGCUUUGCGGCUUCGACCAAGCCUCCUACCUAGAAGAAAGCAGCCUUUUGCCCAACACUGGGACUGUCAACUAUCGGGCACCAGAACUAAUACUAGGCUACCCAGCUGGUUACGGAAUAGAUGUCUGGUCAACCGCUCUAGUCAUGUACGAAAUGGCGACGAAUAACAAACUUUUCCCUGGGUUUUAUAACAAUAAUAUAUUGUAUCAGCAAUUGUGCACGCUUGGUGCUAUACCUAUGGAAAUGCUGAUGGAAUCCCAGUUUAGGAAUGCGCAUUUUAGAGGAACUGCGUUUAUGAAGAGACUUGGGAGUAGAGAGAAAGUAAUAAUAAACGAGAUCGAAUUCAACGGAAAACUGAACACCUCCCUAUUCCAAGCCUACUCCAACGAUUGGGGGAAAGAGAAAGACAUAGAAAGCAAGCGAGAGGACAAGAAGAAACUACGAGCGUUUUUAGACCUCCUGUCCAGUAUGCUAGCCAUGCAUCCUCGGUGUAGAAUCGCUAUCGAGUUCGUUUUCGCUAACCCAUUUAUUUACGAGUCCUUUGAUGACUGUUGAUAGUUAAGCGGAGAUUAUAGAAGAAUGUUUAAGUUUCAUUUGUUUAAAAUAUGUUGAGAUUACAUUUUAAGUUUCCUUUU